AUGGCUGAAACGGAACAAUUGAAGUCGAUUUAUGAGCAGGUGGUAGCUUCGUUGUUUUCCAAGCACGUCAGAUUGGAACCUCUGCCUGUUGAUGAACCGUGUAAGAUUGUUGUGGAUGAGGAGCUAUCGUCUCAGUCAUGGAAUCUGUCCAGGUGUUUUAAUGAGUUAAGGGAAAUGAUACCGAAUGAUGAUUUGGACGAAUGGCGAAGGCAUACUUCAUUCACACAUCCUCUACGUUCUUUCAUUCGUGAACGUGCAAAGAGUGCCUAUAGUACGGAAUACUGUACCCAAGCUUUCUUCAAAUUUUAUGAAAUCUUAAUGCGUUUCUCUCAUCUUUGCUUCCCCUCCAGUGAUGCACAACACAUUAUUAGAAGUUUUCACUUAUGCGAAUCACCUGGUGCUUUCAUUUCGGCUCUAAAUGUUUAUUUAAUAUUGCAGAAAAAUAAGCCCCCGUGGUGUUGGUACGCAAAUAGUUUAAAUCCUCAUUACGAGUGGAAUUCACCAUUUGACAUGUUCCUGGAUGAUGAAUUAAUUACAAGUACAUGUCCAAACUGGUUUUUUGGCCCCGAUAACAGUGGUGAUAUACUGAAAUGGACCAACGAAUACAUUAGCGGUAUUGUUGAAAAAGUUGGCAAAUUCUCUUUAAUAACUGCAGACGGAAGUGUAUAUUGUCAGGACAGUCCGGCAGAGCAAGAACGCGUCAUCUUUCCUUUAUUACAGAAGGAGAUUGAUAUAUCGUUAUCAUUACUGGAAACCAAUGGUACAUUUGUUGUAAAGAUGUACACAUCAUUUCUUGACAACACAGUAACAUUGUUGAGUCACCUGAUCAUGUGCUUCAAAGAGGUUCAUGUCAUAAAACCUUCCUGCAGUAAACCAGGCAAUUCUGAGGUUUACCUGUUAUGCUCUGGUUAUGCACCAUGUGAGCAAUACGAAGAAGGAACAGAACUAUCUACGUCUUGUCGAAAGGCUUUAUUGGAAUGUUUAAAAUUUUUUGUGAAACAUCAGAUGCAAAUGAUAUGGUUCAAUAUUGCAACUUUUGGUAAAAUCGAGAAUGAUUUGAAGGAUUUCAUUGAGCAGAAGAAAACACAAGCAGCAGGAUUCUAUGAGCAAAUGAUGACUACAUCAAAUUUUGAAAAUUUUGCAACCGAACUUCUUUCAUCUUCUUUUACCCUUCUCAAAAGACCCAAUCCGUGGAAGUUUUCAAAGCUUAGUGGUUUCAUCGAAGAACUACGAAAUAUUACUACUGAGAAUGCACAGAUUUUGAUUGAAAAUAUGGUAAUUUACGAUUUUAUGAAAGGAAAUAAUGUUGCAGCAGAACAGAAGUUUGACAUAUCUCCUUGUUGGAUUUGCGAUUGCUGUCAGUGGGCUGAUAAUUUCUGCAUUAGCAAAUGCAGUUUGGAAGAGAUCCUGAAGAUAGGUGAUUCACCAUCAGAAUCUAGCAUAAAACAUACUCUAUUCUUAGAACCGAAGACUUUGGCACUGUUGAAAUGUGCCUCUCUGGAAAUCCUGGAUAUCUGUUCCGUUGUUUCCUCAUAUACCGUUGAUGUGAGUCUCGAAAGAAUGGAAACGGCGCCGCAACGCAAGUCAACAUUUGAAAUCAAUUCAUCUAUACUCAGAUCUCAAUUUGAUUGGAUAUCAGUCCUUGAAGAAAUAUUUCUUCAUGCAUCGAAUCAUCAGGACUCAAAGCUGCAAAUAAAAAUACCUUCUUCCUCGUUAAUGCUGACUCGUUUCACCAUCUCAUUUAUGGCAUUCUGCUCUCUGUGUUAUGAAAAUAUUGUAUUACUAUGUCCUGAAGAAAAUUCUGACAUGACAUCUAAUCAGCUAAUAUGCCGUAAUUCAGUGUUAUUCGAGAUGGCUUGCGUAUUUAUCGAUUUGUUCCCGAUUUUCAAUUUAGAUGUGAACACUUUUACGCAUCGGUAUUACGUUAUAAUUCGUUUGUGGCACGAAGAAUGCUGGUAA